UCUUCUCUCUGUCCCCCGUCGAUAAGACUAGCAGUUUCGUCUCCCUCGCCCCUCUCUCCCCAAGCCGGCAGCCCCAGGAGGAGGAGAAGCAUGUCGACCCAGGAGAACGAGAAGACAGAACCCCCUCAGCUUUUGUCAUGGAUCUCUAGGGACUUGGCAAAGUCCUUCCUGAUUGGGGCUCCGGGAGGGCCAGCGGGCUACCUGCGACGGGCCAGCGCGGCCCAGCUGACCCAGGAGCUGGGCACUGCCUUCUUCCAGCAGCAGCAGCUGCCGGCCGCAAUGGCGGACACCUUCCUGGAGCACCUCUGCCUGCUGGACAUCGACUCGGAGCCUGUGGCCGCACGCAGCACCAGCAUCAUCGCCACCAUCGGGCCAGCGUCGCGCUCCGUGGAGCGCCUCAAGGAGAUGAUCAAGGCCGGGAUGAACAUUGCGCGACUCAACUUCUCGCACGGCUCGCACGAGUACCACGCCGAGUCCAUCGCCAACAUCCGGGAGGCGGUGGAGAGCUUUGCAGCUUCCCCGCUCGGCUACCGACCCGUGGCCAUCGCACUGGACACCAAAGGACCGGAGAUUCGCACUGGCGUCUUGCGGGGGGGCCCCGAGGCGGAAGUGGAGCUGGUGAAGGGCUCCCAGGUGCUGGUGACCGUGGACCCGGCGUUCCGGACGCGGGGCGACGCGGGCACCGUGUGGGUGGACUACCCCAACAUCGUCCGGGUCGUGCCGGUGGGCGGCCACAUCUACAUCGACGACGGGUUCAUCUCCCUGGCGGUCAAGAAAAUCGGCCCAGAGGGGCUGGAAACCGAGGUUAAGAAUGGCGGCAUGCUGGGCAACCGGAAGGGCGUGAACUUGCCUGGCGCCCAGGUGGACCUGCCCGGGCUGUCGGAGCAAGACGUCCAGGACCUGCGCUUCGGGGUAGAGCAUGGCGUGGACAUCGUCUUUGCCUCCUUUGUGCGGAAAGCCAGCGACGUGGCCGCAGUCCGCGCUGCUCUGGGGCCGGAAGGACAAGCCAUCAAGAUCAUUAGCAAAAUCGAGAACCACGAAGGCGUGAAGAAGUUUGAUGAAAUCCUGGAGGUGAGCGACGGCAUCAUGGUGGCACGGGGCGACCUGGGCAUAGAGAUCCCGGCCGAGAAGGUUUUCCUGGCUCAGAAGAUGAUGAUCGGGCGUUGCAACCUGGCGGGCAAGCCGGUUGUCUGUGCCACACAGAUGCUGGAGAGCAUGAUCACUAAGCCCCGGCCGACGAGGGCAGAGACGAGCGACGUGGCCAACGCCGUGCUGGACGGGGCGGACUGCAUCAUGCUGUCGGGCGAGACCGCCAAGGGCAGCUUCCCGGUGGAGGCCGUGAUGAUGCAGCACGCGAUCGCGCGGGAGGCGGAGGCCGCAGUGUACCACCGGCAGCUGUUUGAGGAGCUGCGCCGGGCUGCGCCCCUGAGCCGCGACCCCACUGAAGUCACCGCCAUCGGCGCCGUGGAGGCUGCCUUCAAGUGCUGUGCUGCUGCCAUCGUCGUGCUGACCACCACUGGCCGCUCUGCCCAGCUCCUGUCUCGGUACCGACCUCGAGCAGCAGUCAUUGCUGUCACCCGCUCCGCCCAGGCUGCCCGCCAGGCCCACCUGUGCCGAGGGGUCUUCCCCUUGCUCUACCGUGAACCUCCAGAGGCCGUCUGGGCAGACGAUGUGGACCGCCGGGUCCAGUUUGGCAUCGAAAGUGGAAAGCUCCGUGGCUUCCUCCGCGUUGGGGACCUGGUGAUUGUGGUGACAGGCUGGCGACCUGGUUCUGGCUAUACCAACAUCAUGCGGGUGCUGAGCAUAUCCUGAGGUGCUCCCCCCGUCCCGCCCCAGCCAGCUCUGGACCCCAUCCCUCCCCCGCUCUCCCUUCGUCUGUCUUCCCUACUGUCCCUCCUCCCUAGCCAAUGCCACAUCUGCCAUCUAGCCCCACACCAGGGUGCCCCUUCCCCCUCUCCAUUUCACGCAGGCCCUGAAAGUCUGUGUCCAUUUAAGCACUGGUCAUCCCGCACACCAGUCGUACAAUGCCUGCGCCCAGCGCACUCAGCUGGACCCUAAGAUGCUCCAAGCCUUUAAUCCCAGCUUACUGGUUAAUUCUAUUUCCCUAGGCUUCCCACGCCUGGGGGCGGGGAGGGAGGGGAGCCAGGCAGUCGUGUUGUCUCCACAUGCUUCAUAUCCGUGCAAUCCGAUGCUCACAUGUGGCCUUUGUGGCAAUCUGGGCAUCCCGAAGAGAGGACCACCUCCUCCCUCCUGCAACUGCGCCUGUGGGGAAGCCAGGGUGGGGGAGCGGGGGAGCAGCCAGCCUGGCGAGCUCACCUGUCGCUGUCGCCACAGUGUCUGCUGGCCGGCAGGCCACUCCCCGCCUGGGUGAGGUGCCCCGCUGCCCCUCCCCGCAGCCGGUCGCUAUGCCGCCCCCACUCUGCUCUCACACACAAACCGGGAGCCAAAACGAGCGUCUCUAUGUUUUUUAAAGCCAGCUGUUUGGAAGCAAUUAUAAAACUUCUCCCACACACGCAGAACCCCAGAACUCCCCACGCAGGAGAAAAGGAGGUUGAGGGUCCCAGCCCCAUGUCCUCUGAUGCUAUAGAGUAGGUGUAGAGACAGGGGUGGGCUGAGGGGUUUCUCUUGUCCCUGAGAAGGCAGGGGAGCCGGCUAGCCUGCCCUUCCCCAGUGCGGAGACCCCGGCCGCGCCCCUGCUCCGGCACCGACUGCAGUCCCCGCAGAGAAAAAAACCUGAGGAAGGACAGCCCUCCGCCCUCAGGCGGCCCGCCCUGCCCCCGCCCGGAUAGGGGAGGGUCCCCUGUAGCUGCCAGUGGAGCUGGCCAGGACCGUGGGAGCUGGCACGGGGCCGCCCUGCCCUGCCUGUCUCCCUGCCAGGAGACCGAGGGCGGGGUGGGUAAAGGAACGGGUGAAGAAAAUGAAGUUAUAAUAAAUAGGAUUAGCAAAUCAAAUACGAUUAUUAAAUGACUGAAUAAAUAAGAAUAAAUAAAUAAAAAAAGAAGAAAGAAAAAAUGCCAUCUAAAGAUGCAGCCACUUCGGGUCGGCUCUAGCUCGAGCGGUUCCUUCGUCACGGCAGACCACUAAAGAUGCAGCCACUUGCCCCCACCCCGGGGGGAUCAAGGCUGGCACACUAAGGAGGCGCCAACCCUCCCUUCAAGAGGGACAUCGCUGGGGCCGGGACACAGAGAGGAGGUGGCGCCCGAUUCACAAAGAGACAGUCCUACCACAGAAACAGUGCGGGGAACUUGUCAGGAGACGUGUUCCCACUCAGGGGUUACAGACGGGGGUCCACACGUGGCAGCGACGGCGGGCGCCCACAUCAGGGACCCAUGACAUCUGUUGACAGAAGCGGAGGCACCCCGCUGUGCUAGGGGGACGGGAAGAUGGCUGGGCCAGGGUCAUGGGCAGGGAAGUGGACAUCUAGUCACUUGGCAGUGAUGGCAGUGGCAAGUCCUUGUGCUUCGUGAGCUGGCAUCCUGGGCCCCAGCCUGCGCCUGGCAGGGUCACGGCCAGGGGAAAGCCCUCGUCACUGGGCUUGGCGUCCCUUCUGUCUGGCAGUGGAGACUGCAGCGCCUGGCACAGUGCCUUGAGCACGGUGGGCGCUCGGGAUGCUCGAUGAGUGGGUGCUGGGGCAGGAGGCCGCGGGGCGCCUGAGGUGAGGACGGAAACCGUCUUCCUGGCAGUGACGAGAGGGGUUCCCACCGGGCAGUGUCCCAGCCCCCCCCGAAAGGCGACAGCCUUAUGGCAUAUACUACUG